CCCCUCCCCUCAACCGGAAGGCUGUGCGCAUGCUCCCUCGGGGAUUCCGCUCUUGGCGUCUUGACUGGCUACAAACGUUCUCCAGGGCCAUGUCGCGAUCUUGUCCAUUCCAGGAGCCAGACAGAGGCAAUGUGAUAGAUGACACAAAGGCCCGCCUGAAAAAGCUCGAUGUUGGUGCCAAAUAUUCUCACUUGUCAAGUCACAAAUACUCGGUCCUUGUACCAUUGGUGGCUAAAGAAGGAAAACUCCACCUGCUCUUCACUGUCCGGUCUGAGAAGCUGAGAAGGGCACCUGGAGAAGUUUGCUUCCCUGGGGGAAAGAGGGAAUCCACAGACAGAGAUGAUGUGGCCACUGCACUGCGGGAAGCCCAGGAGGAAGUGGGGCUGUCCCCUGUCCAAGUGGAGGUCCUCUGCCGCCUAGUGCCCGGUAUGAUUGAGAGAAGAAAUUUGAUUACCCCAGUGGUGGGUUUUAUAGACCACAGCUUUCAGGCCCAGCCGAAUCCUGAUGAAGUUAAGGAUGUGUUCCUUGUGCCUCUGGACUACUUUCUGUAUCCACGUGUCUACUACUCUUACCACUUCACUCAAUCUGGCCAUUCUUUCCUCGGGCACUGCUUCGAGUACACACGCCCUGAAGACGGCGCGACUUACUUAAUAAGGGGAAUAACCGCAAGAUUUGCUAUAGUGGUUGCCUUGAUUAUUUUGCAACAGAAACCUACCUUUGAGCUUGACUUUAAUCUCAGUGAUCUAAUAGCAUCUUGUGAAAAACAACUGCUUCUUUACCAUGCUAUAAGCAAGUUGUGAUUUAUGAGAAUAAAAUCCAAAAACCCAUCCAAGAAGAUUCUGUAUGUGGUUGUGCACUGGACGGCAAUGAUGGCUGCUGUCGGAAUGUGACAGGUGUGAAUAUUUUUCCUGCGAUCUGAAAGUACAAACCUUGCCCUUUUUUUUCCAGCUACUUUCCAUCAUUUGAAAGAACAGCAAAGGGAGAAAAACAAAUUAAUAGUGUUGUCUAAUUUCACCCACAAUAUGUUAAAUUUUUCUUACACAUUUAAG